CUCUCCAAGUGACGUCACUAUUUCUAGGCUCACCCUCCUAAAACCUAUUCCUGGCCAGCACUCUCUAGUAGUAAAACUCCCUGGUAUUCGACUUUCAGCGCUUCGUUGCAGAAUUCGAUGCAUGUAUGCGUAUGUCACGGGAUAGCAAAAUGAUGGUCACGCUGCUGGAUUUAUAGCAGCCAUACAGGCAUUGCAUUCCUAAAACCAUCCCCUGACCUCGCAAACAGCAGUCCUGAACCCAUCCCCUGCCGUGGUGUCCCUUUUUUUUUGCGAUCACCGUCGUCGAAGUCCCCUCCUGGAACUUAGAGGAUGCACACCUUCCUGAGUCCUGACAUGAUUCUCCUCGUCGCUUAGAGGUUCAUAACCUUCCUGACACCAUUAGUUGACUCUAGAACCGUCAUUUGACUCUACGAACCAUUAGCUAACUCUAGAACCAAGUUCACUCUAGAACCAUAAGUCGACUCUAGAUUCUAGAACGAAUAGUUGACUCUACGAACCCUCUGCGUGUCGCGUCGCCUAGAGGUUGAUCCCCCUAGACUAUUUCGUCUACUAAGAAGCAUUUCGAGCCAUGACGAUGCGCUUCGCUAUCUGGCAGCUCGUCCGUCAACUCUCGUUAGCGGUACCAGUUGUCUUAACCGUUCAUGACAACAUUGCCAGCAUGUGCGGUGUGGACGGCCACUCCAUGUCGCCCACCUUCAACCCGUUGCGCGACAAAUCCGGCCUGCUGUUCCGCGCCGCCCUGAGCGAUCGCGUGCUCCUGGACAGGCUGUCAGCGCGCUACAUGCAGUACCAGCGCGGGGACGUGGUCGUUCUUAGGUCUCCCACUGACCCCGACCUGUGCCUCAUAAAGCGCCUCAUCGCAUUACAGGACGACUGGGUCACAGUGCCGGGUGGCUGCGAUGACGUCAGCGGCAGUGGCAGCAGCACCAGCAGGGGUGAUGACGUCAUCAGGCGGAUCCCCAAGGGGCACUGCUGGGUGGAAGGGGACAACGCUGAUGUCAGCGAGGACUCGAAACACUUUGGCCCGGUGCCAAUUGCGCUGCUGGAGGGCCGCGUGCGCUGCAUAGUGUGGCCGCCGCACAGAAUAGGAACAGUGGAGAGCCGACUACCCGAGGGGAGAGUGCUGCCUUUUUAAGCAACAGCGAUAGCACCGAUGCCACUUGGUUCAAAUUCCGUCUCUGAAACACCGCAAGCCACGCGGUGCAUUGUCUGGUUGCUGCACAGAUUAGCGGGAGUGAAGAACCGACUGCCUGAAGGGAGAGUGCUUCCCUUAGAGCAACAGAGAUAGCAGCACCGCCACUUGGCAGCGUACGAUCUGCUUGGGAGGCCAUUCGGUUAUUGGAGUGCGUGCCACAUUGUUCGUUUGCCACACAAAAUAGGGAGUGGAGAGUCGACUGCCCAGGGGGAGAGCGCUUCCCAUCAACCAUCAGAGAUAGCCUCACUGGAGGCUCCUUGGUGUACGAUCUGCUUGGGAAGUUACUCAACUAUAAGUGUACUGUACCCCAAUAGAUGUGUUGGUUGGAGCAUUGGAAGUGAUGCAAUGUUUGUUCCCUCGA